UCCGGUUUCCUGGCCCCGAGCUGGCGAUGAAGGCCAAAAGCAAAGGUGUGAAACGUCGGCACGCGAUCCCUGAGGACACCUUGCGUCAAGAGCCAGCCCCCGGCGAGGAAGAACUUGGGAAAUGCUUGCGGCGCAAAGAGAAGAGGAACAAAGAGGGCCAGAAGAGCUCUUCCAGGCCCGCGAAACUGCCUUGGGGAGGUAGCAAAGACAGGCGCUUGCGGAGGCUGGAGAGCAACGAGCGGGAGAGGCAGCGCAUGCACAAGCUCAACGCCGCCUUCCAGGCCUUGCGGGAGGUCAUCCCCCAUGUGAGGGCGGAGAACAAGCUCUCCAAAAUCGAGACCCUCACCUUGGCCAAGAACUAUAUUAAGUCUCUCACCUCGACGAUCCUCCGGAUGUCCAACGGGCACAUCCCUGCUGCCGAGGCCCCCGGUUCGGGGAACAGAUCCAAACUGUAUGAACACUAUCAGCAGCAUUGCGGGGAAGACGAUGAUCCUGCGGGGCAGCUGCAGAAGUACUCCACCCAGAUCCACAGCUUCAGGCAAGGCAGCUAGAGGGUAGACAAGGGUCUUCCCUGUGGUUGUGUGUUCCUGUUCCCCGGGGAAGCCCCCAAAGGGUCAACCAACAGCGUGGCUAAAGGAUUUAGAGAAGGCUGUGUUUGCGCCCCUUUGUUUGUUUGAAAAGACCUGUGAAUUCACACCGAACAAUUCUGAGGCUGGAUUAUGCAAUGGACAAGUGGGUUCUGCAACCAAACACAUUGCAAGACGAAAGGUCUCCUGUUCUCCUCCAGAACGCCACAAAACUUGCCACCACCUCCAUUCGCAGAUAUUCUUUGUUUUUCUUUUCUAACUAAAAUUCUGCGGCUUUUGAACAUACUCAGCCCUCAUUGGGGUAUAAUUUUUGGGGUGGUGGGAGGUGGUCCCAUUCAGG